AUGGCUGGACUUCCAGGAUCUAGGGGAGAAAAGGGUGACAAAGGCGAACCAGGAAUUCCAGGACCACCUGGGAGGCCUGGAGAAUCGAUAUCUGCUCCACAAGUGACGGUAUCACCUGCAAAUCACACUAGAGAUGAAGGAAGAAAUACUGCGAUUUAUUGUACGGUUGGAGGAAACCCUACUCCUACUGUCGAAUGGCAAUUCAAGGACAGAAAGCUUCUGUCGGGAGCAAAGUAUUUGGUUAAAAAAGCAGAGCUGAUCAUGAGGAAUCUGAAUUACAGUGAUGUUGGGCAGUACAAAUGUGCGGCAAGAAACAUUCUUGGAUCGUCUGAGGCGUCUGGUAAUUUGAAGGUUCGAGGUAAGAAGUACAAUAAGCUUUACUACUUUGAAAAUUGAAAACCCUUCUGCAAGGCCGCUGAUGAGCCAUCAGAAUCUUACCAACGUCAGGGGUGGGCCAUGUUUCCUGGCUGAUUGCUUAUCUUACUAAACGUGUUUUGCAAUUGGGUCUUGUUACAUUGCUAUUGAGGGAGCAUAUAAGUCAAGGAGGGCGACUACCACUAUAAAAAGGAUGAUGGUGUGUGUUAAAAGGGUGUGUGAUAAUCGUAAGCAACGGCUAGAAUUAAACUCUUGCAGGAGAUCCAUCAGAACGUAGUUCAAGCUUAAUUUGUCAAGUCAGAUAGUGAAAUAAGAGAUUUUAGGAAUAUUUCUUGCUGACUCUCUACUCUUACCAUUUUUCCUCAGGAACCGAUUUAUCGGAACCUUGCUUUCCAUACCUUUGAUUAAAAGAGUCUAUCAUUUUUUAGUGGACAAUAAUAAGGGGGAGGGGAGGGGGCUUAUUAACUUUCCUCCCCUGAAAAGAGGGGGGGUCUUAUUCUUCAAAGAGGAUUUCCGGUAUUUGUUCAAACAUCACUCCAACCUACACCCUGAAUAGAUAAAAAUUUUGGCGUUUCGUACUGAACACAGUGGAUGAUACCAGAAUCUUCAAUUUACCUAAACAAACGAAACAACAAGCAUCCCCACCCCCUUUAUAUGGAACUUUAGUUCAACUUGUCAGACUCGUGCAAGUCCUGAAACUAGUGAGCUGGCAUUUAUCGCACAAUUAUUCGUACGAGUUGCACCACUUGAAUGUCAUUUUCACGUCUAACACAUGUGGUGUCUACUGGACGCGGUAAAACUCACAUAGAUAUUUCUUUAAGUGAAUGCCGCCCAUUCUGUGUAGUUUGGAAUACUGGUAAAAACUAUGGCUUUUGCAAGCCACAUCAUAUUGAUUAUUCGUCUCUUAGGUCUUCCGAUCUUUACCAAAAAACCCUCAUCACUGGUCUCAAAAAUGGAAUUCUCUCAAAUACAAGAAACUUGCCAGGCAGAAGGGUAUCCACAUCCCAAGUUGACGUGGAUCAGACUUGUUAUGCCUUUACCUGCUGGAAAAACCGAAGUUAAGGAAGGUUAACUUACUAUCAGGAAUUUAAGACCAGUGGACAGCGGUUUGUACCAAUGAGUAGCAACAAACAGCUUAGGAACCAAGAAGGCCACGAUGAACUUGGUCGUGGCCGUAGGUUUGUAUUAAGCAUGUUAUGUCGACCUUAUAUAUCAUGAUAAAACAUUCUACUGAAUGAUUAGCACUUCACCAUGUUCAGACAGGCAAAUUAGACUUUAAAGUCUACGCUUGCAAAACUGAAAUUAACUGCAUGAUGUAUUCAACAGACUAAGAUACCCCUAAAUUUGCUACUGAGCCUCCAGGUGUACAACUGCAGUUGCAGGUGUGUGGGGGCAGUAUCCGAUGACGUAAUAUUUCACCUGCAGCUGCAGGCGUGCGGUAUUGUUUGCAAUGACGUCAUUUUUGUCUCACACCUUCAUACCUGGAGAAACUAAACUCUAACUCUAAAAGGGAAGCAGGAUGGCUUAAAUAGAUUUCUCAAGUUUUUGUGCUAAAACGCUCAGCCGUUUCGUUUAUAGAGUCGUAUUACGAGAGAGGAGAACACUACUGAGUAAUGACCCGAUUUUCAAGGUUUUUCCGUCAUCAACUCAGCAUUGUAAACGAGUUAACGCUUACCCUUCAAUCUCUUCCCGCGAAGCGUUUUUGACGCCUCAAAAUGUGUGUUAUUAGGGAGCUUUUGAUUCGAGGAAGAGGACGACAUUUAAUUUUUCUCGCCUAUUCUAUAAAAAAAUAACACCCGGAAAGCAUCAUAUUUACUUUUUUCACCACAAAAGUUAGUUCGUUUAUUUCCGUUGAAGGAGGUAAAGCCCUCUCCCAAUCGCGAUUUUCGAGAUUUUCUCAGUACUAAGUAGUGCUCGCGCGUGAACCAGCGUCAUUUUGACGGGAAAACGUGGUAGCCGUAGUCACUCUUACUACGAGUUUUUGCACAAAUGUCGAAGUGGCGGAAACAAGAUAUCAAAUGUUAGAAGUUUGAUAAUUUUGCGAUCGGGAGAGGGUGUAACCGCCUUCUCUAAAGAUAAGAGUGCUAACUUUUCUGGGGAAAAAUGGUAAAAUGAAGUUUCCGGGGAGUCUAUAUAUUAAGAAUAAGUGAAAAAACUUUAAGUCAAAUCUCGUACUCCUAGUCGUCCUCGUCCUCGAAUCUAAAGCUCUCUAAUUAGAAUUUAAAGUUCUCUAUUUAUUCUUUGGGUGGCCUUCAUAUUAAAAAUAGUCAUUCAGGGUAUCUCAUAAAAUCCUCGGACCUAAGCUUUGGCAAUGUUUGAGCGUAUCGAUACCAGUUAUUUUUUUAUAAAUUAAAAUAAAUUUUUGAAUAGGUCCGUGUGAAACUGCAAGAAGUGAAGAACUCUGGUGGCCAGAAAUACCAACACCACAAACCAAAUCCACUGAACAAAUGAAGAUUAUUUUAUUUGAUUCAGUGAGGUGCAUGGCUAAAAUUUGCCUGGCAAAAAAAAAAUACAUGUUGCUACAAACGAAAAUUUGACAUAAAGAAACAACAAAACUACGACAAAGCGAGCACUGUGAAACACACUUACAUCGUUACGGCCAAGGAAAACUGCUGCGUUAGCGGACUGCGUAAAACGCGAAGGAACGUAGAAAGGCAAUGAGGAGAACUGCACUUAACGCAGACCAAAACAAAACUGAACAUUGUACAGAGGAACUGCGGUGUAAAAUACAGUUGAAUCAUGGUUGAAUGUACAGAAAACAAAAGUGACGAAAAGACUCUAAUGAAGAUGAAAAAGAUACAAAGAGACGCUAACGAAGGCGCGAAAAGUGACACGAGCCGGCAACUAAACUAAACCUAAACUCAUGUAAAGAAUAAAAAAAACCCGAUUAAGUGAGCCACAAUUAACUAAGCUUCAUUAAACGUGGGGGAUAAAGAAAGGAAUUCUGAAAAAUUGUUACACUUUGAUCUAAAAGAAUGUGACACGAAAAUGACGUCAUCGCACACUGCACCUUUACACUUGCACUUACACUUGCAGUCACACUUGUGCGCCGGCACAUUACAGCCUCCUUAUGUCCCUUGUUUCUUUAGUUCUCAUUAAGUAACCUUAUAAGGUUUGUAACAGAGCAUGUUAUCUACCAUAAAAAGAUGCUACAAUCGACAUCCAUCUUGCAAAGUAUGUACCAGAGACUGUCAACAAUAUGAGGAAGCAUAAAAUUACUCCAAUAAGGACCAUAAAGGAUUUGUUCGCGCAACGACGAUCUGGUUUUUAAAGCAAGGAUAUCGUGCUCCUUCACUCCCAGUAAGCAGAUUCAACAGACCUUGGCAGAGUAAUUUAGACAACGUUUAAAAAAUGGUUCCUUAAGGCUGAAAAACCUGGGUCUCUCUACCCUUUCUUUCGUCAAAACAAACAAACAUUAGGAAUAGUUGGUCACGUGAUUAGAUCAUUGUUUUUCCUCCUAGCUAACUGUGACUGCUGGCGCAGCCGGUCCAGAAGUCCUGGCACAAGCUGGGGAUACUCUAAUGAUCCCAGUGGCAGUGGAAACGUUGACGCAAUCGAUUUCCAGACAAAUGGUGACGUCAUUUUGUCAGGUUACCGUCUAUGGGGAGUCAGGAGCGGUUCAACUAGUUUCCAGGUCACCAUUCGCUUGUACCUUGGAAGCAACUUGAUCGCAGAAAAGACUGGGUCCUAUGCUACCAGUUCCAGUGUCAAGACAUUUGAGGUGCAUUUUUCCCAAGUGAUUUCGAUCCGCGCUGGUGUCACAUACACUGCAACAGCAAGAAUAGUUACAAGUAAACAGUCUUUUGCCCACACGGAUGGCGUGGCAAGUGCGUCGUGUUCUGGGGUCACGGUAAACUUCAAGUCUAAAUCCUCAAAAGACUCAAACUCUUCUAGCCAGUCGAUGGGUCAAAUACCAGUUUUGAUUUUCCGUUCCUCUCAAUGCUAA